AUGGAUGACCCAGCCUUCAUGCUCUUGCAACUGCAAGAGAACCUUCAAUUCAUGCGAACGCAGUUCGGUGCACACGUCCUCUCAUGUGUGACCCAUGAUUCUGAUGGUGAGCCUUACUGGACUUAUGUUCUUCUAACCUACGACAACCACGGCAAUGUGCAGGAGUACCAUGAUCCCUUCGAGGGACGUGCCGAGUGGACCAACCAACCCUUGGAAGCACUCAAGCAGCUGCACUUGAGAGUUGCUGGUUUCGUCACGAAGAGAUUGGUUCAUGACUGUUAUCCUCGCUUGAGAACUUUGGCUCAGCAACGCUACGACGAGGAGGUUGAACACGAUUCUGCGGGUGCAGACAACUAUCCCAACCAAGCACAUCGUGGCUCGCAACCAAGAGCCUCCUCAUCAUCGCGCGUCACCUCAGAACUUCUCAGGGAACGAACCUCUGAUCCUCNNCCUUCAUACCAGACUCAGGACUUCAUGAACACAGCUCGACCCUCUCAUGAGACAUUGUCCUCUGUUACCAGAACUGAACUUCGCAAGAGGCAGGAGUUCGAGGACGGCAGAACGAUCCAGCCUCAACAACUUGGCCCUGCUCAUUUCCCACAGCCUUCUCAUGCUUUGGGCUCGGAGACCUGGGGUUCCAUGGACACAAACUCGCAAGUCUAUCGUUACGGCACUCUCAACAGUUCUGGAAACAGUAACUCCAUGUCUCAAGAGGACUAUGUGCCUGCUCAAUCAGCUCGUUCUGAGUCGACACAGACUCGAUUCCGCACUGCAGAGCCAAGCGUGAACUCUUCAGCAUUUGAGACGAAGCCAGCACGUCAGACCAAUGUCAAUCCUUCCAUCUUGCCUUUGUACGGAGAAGCCCAGCCACACUCUGGUGCCAGGAGCAAUCUCUCCGGUGUUUCCACACAAGCAGACAAUGUCAUGAGAAGCAGCAGAUCUCAGCUCUCGCGCCCUGCUGUGACCGCCAACCUGACGCCUCCUUGGAUUGGCAACAUGCGCAUGCCAUCAAACUCCAACGCUCGUCCACCAGCAAACACUUCCGGUCUGCCACAGCCAUUGAGCUCGCAUCCUCCACCAUCAAGCAACUCUGUCAUGAUGAUGAUGGACCCAGAGACCUUAACAGAGUUCGAAGAGUUCAGACGCAGAUCUGGAACUCAACAGCAUCGUGAGCUUAACACCCUCGAUCGCAUCGAGCAAGAAGCUGCAGAGUACUUGAACCAAGAUACUGCUGCACCACCUAUGGAUGAAAAGACUCUUGCCUCGCUGGCUGCACGUCUCCGCGAUUAUGGCAUCAAGUCUCCUAGGAGCGAUUCGCCGGCUUCUCCUGCUUCUGAUGAGACGGUUACGCCUUACAAUCCUGCUUACCGUCGUCUUAGAGUGACACAGAGACGCUAUACCAGCAAUCAGACUGGGGACCUUCUGCCUCCUUCUGCACCGUCUCCACCGCAGAAUGCUUAUUACCCCUCCAAUGUCCCUGUGUACCGUCCUAGCCUAGUGACUGCGCGCUCCGAGGCAUCAAUGCAGAGAGUCCCUAGUAUCAUGAGUGCUCGCAACAGUAGAGUUCCUUCUAGCAACGCAAGCAUGGGCCGCAAUGUCUCUUUUGGCGAGGGAAGUGUUGUGAGACAGGUUCCUCAGCCCACUCGCGUUGAGUUCAACAGCGAUGAGGGAGGUUCGCCUAGAAACGGCGACGGAGGACAAGGAACCAGAUAUCCCUCUGCACAGCGUCAGCAGAGCACAGAGGUCNCUCGCACCUUCAACGCUAGGGCCCGCAACACCAUCAAAGCAGUGAGAAGAAAAGUCAGCGACACCAUCAGCGGCAAGCGUUUUGCUUCCAUGCCUUGA